AUGCAAGGCAGCCCAGAGAACAUCCCCCUGGGAGAGUGCACCCUCUCCCAGUCCAGGGACCAGCUGACGCCACCGAGCCGCACAGAGAGCACCGUGUUCAGUUUGUCCCACAGCGAGUCCAUCUGGACCACCGAGGCAACUCGCAGCAAGUGUGAGGAAUUCUGGUUCGCCAUCCACCUCAUGUCCACCGGGGGCAGCUUCCUGGCAUGUGGCAUCAUCAUCAGCGGGCUGUACUUCGCCGGCCACUGCAGCAAGGUGACCAAUAUCCUGGGGCCAGCCCUGUUGUCCAUCGGGCUGAUGGUUUUUGUGGUGGGUGUGGUUCUGAUCCCGAUUACCAAAGAGAACAGGAAGCAGACAAACAUGAAGAAGCCCCUCAAUUACUACAGGCCUCCAGCAUUUAACCUGUGA